AUGACUCUGUUCAAGAGCCAGCACAAGCGGUACACUAAUUUCGCGGAGGACUUUGAGGAGAACGACUUCAGCGCGGGCACCGUUGGUUUCGGGCAGCGCGUGUCGGCGAACGUGUCUCGCUACGGCGACCUCGUGAGCGACGUUCUGCUAGAGGUGACUCUGCCUGCGAUCCAGGCUUCGGAGAGCGUUGUGAACGGCGCGGGCACCGAGGUGGCUGACGCGGACAAGGCGGCGUACUGGGUGAACGCGAUCGGUUACGCCAUCAUCAGCGAGGUGGAGAUCGAGAUCGGUGGGACCGAGGUGGACACUCUCUACAGCGAGUGGAUGUUCCUGUGGGAGGAGUUGACCCAGCGCCCCGGAGCGCGCCUCGGCGAGCAGAUCGGCAAGUUUGCGUACUCGGCAGACGUGGAAGAAGACAUGAUCGAGUUCGCCAGCCAGGAGAGGAAGCUUUACGUGCCGCUUCCGUUCUGGUUCAACAAGUACUGGAUGGAGCACGGUCUGUCGAUCCCGCUGAUCGCGCUGACCUACCACGAGAUCAAGAUCAAGGUCAGCUUCCGACCCCUGGCCGACUGCUGUGCCGUCGUCUACCGCGAGAGCGACCCCACCUGGGGAGACUACUGGGCGCUGGCCACCGACAAGAUCCCCAUCAACACGGCCUCCGCCUCGGCAAUGGCCGCCUCCGACAUGGACGCGCGCCUGCUAGUGUCCUACGUCUACCUCGACCAGGAAGAGCGCCAGGCAUUCGCAUCCGUGCAGCACGAGUACCUCAUCACCACCACUCAGCGCCAGAUGCACUCCAUCACGUCCGCGAGCGCCAAGUCCGACCAGCUCAAGCUUUACUUCAACCACCCGUCCAACGCUCUCAUCUGGUUCGUACGCCCCACCGACUUCAAAAACCUGCGCCGCCGCUUCUCCGUCGGACACAAGGACAUGUUCGACUUCUCCCUGCAGAAGGAAGACACCACCGUAAGCAUGUGGGGCGACGUCACCGAUUCUGUAGCUUCGGCAUCUUUGAAUCUCAACGGACAUAGCCGUUUUCCAGACAACCUGCCUGGCCUGUUCUUCCGCCAGGUGCAGCCCGCUCUCAAGUGGCCCAACACUCCGGCCGGAUACACCUACCUGUUUACCUUCGCCGCUAUCGGCGGCGUGUGGAACCCUACUUCCACUCUCAACAUGAGCCGCAUCGACCACGUGCAGCUCGAACUCAAGUACGGUGACAACAUCCCCACGUCGGAUGUCGUCGUAUUCAACGAAGCCUACAAUCUUCUUGUCAUCAAGGAGGGGAUGGGGGGUGAAGUUAAAGAUCCCAUGGGGGGUCUGGACGCCUCCAGUAGGGUAUCGUGGGGUCGCGAGGCUCCAGUUCUAUCUUGUGGAUUUACACAAGAACGAUAUUCUAGUCCGGGCGCACUCGGUUUGCUUGUUUGUUAA